GAAUCGGUGGAAUUCGUCUGGGAACAGCGGAAGGAGCAGUUCGAGCUGCUGUUCCACUCGUUGCAGGUGAUGCACAAAAUCCGGGAGGAUACGGACGACCGGUUGUUCCUGCGUUCGACGAUUCCGGUGAUGUAUGCUCUGGAGCGCAACGAGCUCUACCUAGAGACGGUGCGCGUUUCACAGAAACCGCAGUGGGACUUGCUGAUGAAUGCGGUGUUCGAUGUCGUUUCAACGUUGACCAGCAACAGGACGAGUCUCUAUUGGCUGUGUCGCAAUAUCUCUCGACUCUUCGUACAGAGGCAAGCAUUAUGGAACCAACUGGUCAAAGAGACCGAACAGAGAUUGAGGAAAAUGGACGCCGGUUACUGCGACAUACUUCGCGAUAAAGGGGUGUUAAGCGAACAGUUUCUGUCACGUUGCCUCCAAGAUAGUUUUGGAACCGUAUUUUCACCGGAGGUGACCGUAAGACUGUGGGACAAAGUUAUUGCCAGAUCAAACCUCAUCGAAGCAUUUGUGGCUGCCGAGUGUCUCCAGUCUCUGAAAGACAUCGAAAGUUUCAAACAGUCAGAACAAGUCGACCGGGAGAAAUUUGCGACAUUUCUUUCCCAGGUGAAAAAGCCUCUUGUUUUUAUGACGAUCGGUGAGGUAGUUUAG